AUGGAUGAUUAUCGUCAACGAAAAGAAUUAUUUAUUAGUAAUUUAAAUGGUACAACUCUAUAUGAAACAGCUUCAGUCUUGAUAAAUAUGUGUACAACAUAUUUUUUAUGUCAAAUUUUGAAGCAUUCAUUCGUCAAUAAUUUAUUUUUUAAUUUUCUUUUCGAAAAUUGUAUUAUUAUCAUUCCAUUAAUAUCUAUUUGUACUUUAUCAUCAUCUAUAAGUCAUAUAUUUCAUUUUGUGAUAUGGUCAAUAGCUUUGUUCAUUUAUUUUCUGAAGAAACCUUCAUCAAUAAAUAACUCCCAAACAAUUAAUAAAUCUUAUUCACGUUUAAUUGAACUAACUCGUGGUCAAAUAUUAAUUGUAACAUGCAUAUGUAUUCUUGCAGUUGAUUUUUCUAUUUUUCCUCGACGUUAUGCUAAAACAGAAAAUUAUGGUUAUUCUAUUAUGGAUUUAGGUGUUGGUGCAUUUACUAUAACACAUGGAAUGGUUAGUUCUGAAGCACGAAAUAAACAAACAAAUUUUAAAGAAUUACUUGUUGAGAAUUUUGUUUUAUUUAUCUUAGGAUUAAUUCGUUUAAUAUCAGUGAAAUAUUUUUCAUAUAUUGAACAUAUUAGUGAAUAUGGUAUUCAUUGGAAUUUUUUUUUAACAUUAUGUUUUAUGAAAUUAAUAGGAAAUUGUUUAUUAUUAAUAACAAAAAAUUUAUUUGCAUUGAUUUGUUUAACUUUACUAUUUCAUGAAAUAAUUUUACUAAGAUAUUUACAAUUUGAUAAUUAUUUAAUUGAAGUAAAUAAUUUAAGAAUUGGUUUUAUUGAUGCAAAUCGUGAAGGAAUAUUUUCAUUAGGUGGAUAUGUUUGUUUAUAUUUAAUUGGAAUCUUUUUUGGAAGAUUAAUAAUUAAUUAUGAACGUAAUCAACAAUUUUUACAAAUGACUAUAAAAUUUUCCAUUGCAAUGAUUAUUUUAUGUGGAAUUAGUUAUAAUACAUCAAGAAAAUUAUGUAAUUUUGGUUAUAUAUCAAGUACAACAGGUUUAGCUUGUUUGAUUAUAGCGAGUUACAGUGUCAUUCUAUGGUUAUUAAUAAGAAAAGGUUACUCAACUGAAUCAACUUUACUGAAAUAUGUUAAUCAAAAAGGUUUCGAUAUGUUUUUAUUAGCAAAUGUAUUAACAGGUAUAAUCAAUUUGAAUUUAAAUACAAUUGAUACUUCAAAUUCUGUAGCAUUAUGUAUUAUCAUAAUUUAUAUGUUUAUUUUAUCUACAUAUGUAUAUUGUUUUCCAUCAUUAAUUAAAUUAAUGAUAAAAACUUUCAAAUUAUCUAAAACUUGA